UAAAAUUUCUGAACUGCAAAACCAACAACAUAACUACUUUUAUCCACUCAUCUCUUUCACCUCUGAGUGCGUGUUUCUGUGUGAAAAAUGGCCUCAACUACAGCUCAACUUGCCAAGUCUAUGCCGGUUUCUGGCUCCAUAUACAGAUUAAACACCAGCACAAGUCCAGUUGGCAUAUGUGGUCUAUCUCAGUCUACUUACCAGAAGUUGAUUGUGAAACAGAAGCCUCUUAAAAUUUGCUGCCUAUUCGGUGGUAAGAAAGAUAAUGGUGAAAAAAGCGAUGAUGCUCCUUCAAAGGCGGGGUUCAUGGGAGGAAUGCAAGGGUUAUAUGAAACAGUGAAGAAGGCGCAGAUGGUUGUCCAGGUUGAAGCAGUCAGAGUGCAAAAAGAACUUGCAGCAGCAGAGUUCGAGGGUUACUGUGAAGGAGAGCUCAUAAAGGUUACUUUGUCUGGGAAUCAACAACCUAUACGCACUGAGAUUACUGAAGCUGCAAUGGAACUAGGAGCUGAAAAACUUUCGCUGUUGAUCAACGAGGCAUACAAAGAAGCACAUCAGAAGAGUGUUAUUGCAAUGAAGGAGAGAAUGAGCGACCUAGCUCAGAGUAUAGGAAUGCCUCCCGGCCUGAGCGAGGGGUUCAAACAAUGACUUUAUGUAGAAACACAAUUUUGUUUCUAGUCAAAGAGAAUGCAUGUACGUUUACAUUAUACAAUCUUCCUUUGACUAAAAACAAGGAUGUGAACGAAUAGCUUGCUUGAGAACUAUAGCAUGUCAUACAAUUCAUGUUGAAUGAUCCUAUUCUAAGACUUUUUCUA